GCGAGAAGUAAUAAAACGAACAGGAGCAGUUACAAGUGCCCAAGCGACCAUGUUUUCCCGUAAGGAGUUGCUUUACCUUAGGGCGUUAAUUUUCGCCACGUUGCUGCACCUCAGCAGCGCACUGCAGCUGGAAGGGCUCUCGACAAAGAAACCACGGAUUACAAAGUACACCAUGAAGCCCACGUCCAGUUCGGCCACUGCUGUACCGUCGUCUCUGUCGCUGUACCGCCUGAAUGGAGCGAGUGGCGCAACGUGCAUACUGAUUCAGACCGAUGCCUUGCUGAGCAUUCAGUACCGUGAUAAGUACAAUGAGGAUAAGGAGGCCGAUUCAUUCCUUCCGGACCAAAUGGACAUAUCCGGCGAAUGCUGGGAGGAUGAAUCACGCAUCACGAUGUCAUGGAAGGGUUUCACCGUUAACAUCUACUUCUCGAAAACGCCGGGCGGUGAGCGUUGGUACGUGAACAGUGUCGAUCUGGCGUACUCGUCGUCGAACAAGCUGUUCGAGCACAUUGACCGCCCUGGGUUGGAUGUGAAGCUGUCCACCCCACCGGGCACGCUGCUCUUCCCGACGCCGGUCGGUAAGUCGUACACCUGCGACAACGAGGUCACGAUCACGAUGUUCGCCCAGGACGAAAACGACAAGUCGGGCCAUCUGGCCAAGCUGUAUCUGCGCGAGCUCCGGAUGCAAAGCUUCAUGUACAAGGCGGGCAAUGCCUGGGGUCCAACGUUCCAGUGCAGCGCUACCGGCACGUACCGUGAUGAAACCGCUCCGAUAGCGGUCGGUUCUACGUUGGCCGUUGCUACCGUGUGCACCGUUGUUGGAUACGGCCUGUGGAGAUACUUCAAAGUUAAGAAGUUCCAGUACGGCACUAUGGCUUAAGGCGUUCGGCGUCAAUAGCGAGACGGCGACUAUGGGUGAGACUGUUCUAUCGUGGCCAAAGCUGUAGAACGGAUGCAAAACAACCAGCAAGAGCACACUUAUUUGAUGGAAUUACGCGAAAAAGGGUCAGUUAAAAGGAGUCCUUUUUUACCCAACAUCCACACUCUUCAACACAAAUCCACAAACAUUGAGGAAUCGCUUUUAAAUCCGAUACUGGUUUUAAUUUUUGAAAGUUGAAACACGAACAAAACAAUCUGAACUAAACCGCCACCCAAGUAAACAUACAAAAGGAAAACAUUUAAGUAAGUCUUAACAGCUCUACAGUGCAAGCGAUAUAUUUACUGUGUUUUAGGCAUAAACAAACGCGAACAGUUAUAACUACAUUAACAAAAUAUAUAUAUAUAUACACACACGUAGGUAUGUGAGCAUACAAAUCGUAAAAAAAGGAUAAUUAACGAAACAAGCAAGGUACGGGGAGAAUUGAACCACACAAAACGCAAGGAUAAGAAUGGAAAGGUUAGAACGGGGUUACAGAAUUAUAUACACGUACGGAAAGGAACGGGAAAACGCAUAAAAAGCAAACGGCUAGCGCGGAACAGCGUUAAAAAAAUGUCUUCCAUUUUCAUUUUAAUGAUAUAAUCGUGUGAUUAAGUAAAUUUACGAAAUCGUUCAUGAACCAGAUAUUAAAGAGUCAAACAAAACCAAAACCGGAGAUGGAGAAGCAAAAAAAAAAGAGAGAAGAAUACACUACUUACUACCAAAAAAUAUAAAAG